CGGCACCAGCCGGACAGUGAAUAGCGUCGCACUUAGGCGCGAGUCCUCGUCGCGGUUGCGUCGAUUAGCUUCAAACGUCUUCAACUUCCCGUUCUUCAACGUCCAACAUCAUAAAGCUCAUCGAUGGGAAAAUCAAGCGUGAGACUGUGCCUGCUGGCUGUCCUGAUCCUCGCGAUGGACGUCCACGUGAACGCAAAGAUUCUGUCAGAGUGCGACGCCGUUCGCGAGCUCCAACGAGCUCGGAUCUCGAGGAGCCUCAUCAGCAACUGGGUGUGCUUGAUGCAGAGCGAGAGUGGGUUGAACACCCAGCUGGUCACUGGCCCGAAGACAGCCUCCAGCUUCAGCUACGGCAUCCUUCAGAUCAACAGCUCCAAAUGGUGCACCAGAGGACGACGCGGAGGACUCUGCAACAAGCGCUGCGAGGACUUCACCAACGACGACAUCCAGGACGACAUCGCGUGCGCGAAGAUCAUCUACGAUCAGGAGGGGUUCAAGGCGUGGGACGGAUGGCUGAAGAGGUGCAAGAGCAAACCCCUUCCUAAUAUCGGGAACUGCGCGAAAAAGUGACGAGUAGUAUUCGAAACGUUUUUGUAUUGUUGUUAUCAGCUUGGUUGACACUAUAAGUACUAUUCAGGGAUAGUCCACAAUAUUCCGAGAGGAUUUUUUACGUUAAGAGCAUUUUUUGACUGAAGAUUGAUGCAUUCCCACAGAAUAUUUCGUUGCCAGAGUAUUUCGUUGCAUCGUCGAUCUAUUUGUAAUUAGCUUGAUUUUCUCUGUUUUAUAAUUGAUGUUUAAUGAUGCGUUGCUUUUUUGUUGAAAUAUAUUUUAUUGAAUUAAAUUUGCCAUAAGAUGAGAAAUAUGUCUGUUUUAUACUGGAUUUUUAAUAAUGCUUCAUUGUUUUGGUGGGAAUAUAUUUUACAGAAUUAAAUUUGUCAUAAGAUGAGAAAUAUGUCUGUACGUCUUCUAUAGUGGAUUUUUAAUAAUUCUUUAUUUUUUGGGUAGAAAUUUAUUUUACAGAAUUAAAUUUGCCACAAGAUAAGAAAUAUGUAUACACUGGAUUUUUAAUAAUGCCUCAUUGUUUUGGCGGGAAUAUACUUUACAGAAUUAAAUUUGCCAUACGAUAAAAAAUAUGUCUGCACGUGUCCUACACUUUAUUAUUAAUAAUGCCUCAUUCUUUUAGUGGAAAUAUAUUCAGCCCCAUAAAUAUUCGUUCCCUCUAUGUCAAUUGAAAAAAAUCCAAAUGAAAUGAUAGGUUUGAUGUUUCCAAAUAAAUGUAUAAUUAUAAAAAUAUGUGUACUAUUUAUUCAUGUACAUGUUUAUAACGAAACAUUUAAUUAGGAACUUCAAACCUAUCAUUUCAUUGAGACUGAUUCUUGUAAUAAAUACAGAUGGUACGAAUAUUUAGGAGACUGAUUCGUGGUACCAAUUAUCGGUUCCUCCCAUAAAUUCAGCAGGUGUCUCUUAACGUCAUGUGUCUGUUAGGAAUUUUAUUAUCACGCUGUUACUUAGAAGUAGAGAUUCUAGUGAAUGCAAAUACCGUUAUCAGCCAACUUCCAGGGAAAUUGUAUACUACAACAUUAUCAUUUAGACGGCAUCUGUAUCAAGUGGAAUUAUGUAACGAGCUAUCUGCAACGUAAUGUCCUCUACUCGCAGAUAUAACUGUUUCAAAACAAUAACAGAUAGAAAAAAACAACACUCGACGAUGUAAGGCGGUACAAAUGAGAAAAUACAUGAACUGCGAAUUUCUUUCAAAAUUAAUUUCUUUUUAAAUAAAUGGUGUUCCUUUC